GCCUAACGUCAGGACCAUGUUGUCAACUUCCUCACAUUUUGCAACUUUUUGAUAAAUUUGCAGUUUUUCGGUCACCAGGAGCUAGAUUUGGAAAUACCCAUACUUAAUAGAGACUAUUCUGAUUCGGAGACUGUAUUUAUUUACAAUUCGAACCACAUUUUUGUACUCUUUUUGUCUUCAUCAUCCUCUUUCAGAGCUCAGCUCAGCAUCUUGGUACUUGUUUACCUCAUCAAGAAUGUCAUAUUGACAUUAGAAUUUAGGGGACGGGCUUGUUUACAAGAUGGCUCUCAACAAAUAUAUGCAUCCGAGGAAUAAGUACAAAAACAAUCCCCCCGAUUUUGCAACCCUGGCUAAGAAGUACCCCGAUUUCGCCCAGUAUGUGACGUACAACAAGUCCGAGACGCGAGGCUUCAUAAACUUCAAGGACCCGGAGGCCAUGAGAUGUCUGACAUGCACCCUUCUGAAGGAGGACUUUGGGUUGGAAGUGGAGAUCCCAAACGAUAGGUUAAUCCCGACUCUGCCACUGCGCCUGAACUACAUCCAUUGGAUCGAAGACCUGCUACAGGGGAUGGGCGAGGGGACGAAGGGAGCAGGGGAUUCUGGGAAGGUUACGGGUAUCGACAUAGGUGCUGGUGCCUGCUGUAUCUACCCCUUGCUGGGCUGUACGCUGAACGGGUGGAACUUCCUGGCCACAGAGGUGGACCCUACAUCCUACACCUAUGCUGUCAACAAUGUCAGCAGGAACAGCAAACAGGACAACAUCACAGUAAAACAUGUCCAGAGGGAUGAGGGCCUUCUGAAGGUUCUAGAUGAAGACGAGAGUUACUUUGACUUCUGCAUGUGCAACCCGCCUUUCUAUGCUAACGACAUGGAGGCUCAGGGACUCCUGCCUGACCGUGGUCCAGAACGCCCCCUGCCAUCAUCCAUCAGUACUGCAAGUGAGGCGGAGCGAGUGGCGAGUGGGGGCGAGGUGGGGCAUGUGGGCAGGAUCAUCGAGGAGAGCCUGCAGCUACAGAAGAAGAUAGGGUUUUACACCUCCAUGUUGGGCAAGAAAUCCAGCUUAAAACCUUUGAAGGAGAUGCUGAAGAAAAAUGGGAUUGAGAACUUUGCCUGCACAGAGUUCUGCCAGGGUCGCACCAUGAGAUGGGGAAUCGUCUGGACGUUCUACCAGAACUGCACUCUGCCAACAUCUCCACUACAGAAGAAGAAGAGCAAGCCUCCCAUCAAGACUGUUGUGCCAGAGAAGUACCUACAGCACCUCAUGAAGGAUGCAGCUCAGACUGGGGGCAUGCAGAACACAAGGGUGCAGCUGGUUAGCAGCGCCAUCAAGCAAAUGCUGGGAGAACUGCAGGUGCCCUUCCAGGAGUGUGCUCCUGCCAGUCCAGACCUCGGCAUCUCCCUAACACUGACUCCUACUGAGAACACCUGGAUUCACAACAGGAAGAGACGCAGGCAGAAGUCCAGGGAGGGAAAGGAGGGACAGAAGCCUGCAGAACAGCCUCUAAUGUUACAGUUUGACACAGUGGAACAGAAAGAACCAAUGGCGGAACAUCCCACUCCAAAUAUGGAUGAAGAGAAGAUGGAACAUGAUGGCAGCCAUGUUGGGGAGGGGGGCAUGUCAGUGAAGGGUGAAGAUGGGGACAGUAAGAAAAUGGACACAUCAGAUGGGGCUGCAAAUGGAGGCACCAGCCCAGGUAAACGGGGUGCCUCAGAAGUGUUGGGGUCUGAAGAAUUGCUGUUCAAAGCUUGCCUGUCAAUCAGCAUGAUAGACACGGGUAUCAUCAUGGAGAUGGCAUGGUUAGAGGGUAAGGACAAGGACGGUAUGAACCAGCUGGUGUGUUACUUAAAGAGCCAGUUCAACAAAGUCUGAAGUGUAAGAAGUUACUGAUCCAUUGGAUGGUUGUACUCUGUACUAAAAUAUGGUAUCCUUAUAUGAUACUGUCUCAUCAACUACAAAGUAGUUGUUAUUUUUCCUUCACCAAAGGAGGACAGGAAUUAUAUUUUUGUAAUGUUAUAUUGAAUUCCUUCUUAUUUGAAUUCCUUUUUUUUCACAGACAUGUACAUUGGUGCAUUUAGCAGUGCUGUCUCUUUUUUUACUAGAGCUUUCUUCCAAUUUUUAUAUUGUUUGAUAUGGUUAGUUAAAACUAGAUGAAAAACUAUGGAUAGAAUCUUGAGUAGAGAGGACUACAUUGUCCAAAAAAUCUGCAAUGUUUACAACUUAGGAGACAGUCUAAGACUGGUCACAGCUCAUCCCUAUGGAGAUGCAUGAAAACAAGGCCUGCAUUGACUAUUACAGUAUUAGAAGUU